AAGAGGCAUCAAGUAAGCAUGUUAAAGACCACCCGUGGAAGGCAAAUUCCACCACAUUGCUUGCAGAACGGUGCUCAUUUCCCUGCCACAAUCUCUCCCUCAAACAAACCUCAGGAUUCCCAUAAUUUUCACUCAAAUUAUCAAUAAAUUAUAAUCAAGGCUUUGCAAGUUUCGAGGUCUUCACGGGCUUCAUCAAGAGAAAAAACACUUUUUAGAUAGUUUUUAUAAAUUCCUUUUGAUUAGAGAGAGGCAAGAGGAUAGCCAAACCCAAAACUUUGCUUUUUUUAGUAUUUCCCCUUGGCUUCUAAGUAAAACUCAUAAAAAAUUUGCCCAUAAAAAGCAAUCAAGAAAGACCUUUUUCUUUCAUCAUUGCUUGUUAGUUUUGGACAGAAAGUCAUGGCUAACACCAACACCUUCCUUCUCCAAAUUACAACACUGUUUUGCCUGUUGUUCCCCGUAGCAAACUCAGUUGUUUUCAAUUACCCUGCUGUUUUCAACUUUGGUGAUUCAAACUCAGACACAGGUGAACUUGUUGCAGCAUUGGGAGAUAUCCUGGAUCUUCCUAAUGGUCAAACUUAUUUCAAGACUCCUUCUGGCAGAUUUUGUGAUGGUCGCCUCACCAUUGAUUUCCUAAUGGAUGCAAUGGAUCUGCCAUUUUUAAAUGCUUACCUGGAUUCAAUUGGCCUACCAAGUUUCCACAAAGGGUGCAAUUUUGCAGCUGCAGGCUCAACCAUCCAACCAGCUACUGCACAAAGUGUCAGUCCAUUUUCAUUUGGUGUUCAAGUGGCUCAGUUUGUAAGGUUCAAAGCUCGGGUUCUUGAAUUGCUAGCCAAAGGUAAAAGACUUGGUAAGUACCUUCCAGCACAAGAUUAUUUUCAGAAGGCGCUUUACAUGUUCGAUAUAGGCCAGAAUGAUCUUGCUGGUGCCUUUUAUUCCAAAACUUUGGAUCAAGUACUUGCCUCAAUUCCCACAAUCUUGAUAGAAUUUGAAACUGGAAUAAAGGCAUUAUAUGAUCAAGGGGCAAGGAACUUUUGGAUACAUAACACAGGACCUCUUGGAUGCUUAGCUCAAAAUGUCGCCAAAUUUGGAACUGAUGCAUCUAGCCUUGAUGAGCAAGGGUGUGUUAGAAAGCAUAACCAAGCUGCCAAAAUCUUCAAUCUGCAGCUUCAUGCCCUUACUAAAAAAUUGCAGGGCCUGUAUACAGAUUCGAAUUUUACAUACGUUGACAUCUACACGAUAAAAUCGAACCUUAUAGCAAAUUAUUCUAAACUUGGAUUUGAGCAGCCUAAAAUGGCUUGCUGUGGAUUUGGUGGUCCACCUUUGAAUUACGACAGCCGAAUCUCAUGCGGGAAAACUAAAGUCAUUAACGGAGAAACAGUUACGGCCAAAGCAUGCAAUGAUAGUUCUGAAUAUGUUAACUGGGAUGGAAUUCAUUAUUCAGAGGCUGCGAAUCAGUAUGUUUCAUCUCAAAUACUCACCGGAAAAUACUCCGAUCCACCCUUUUCAGACAAAAUGCCAUUCCUUCUCAGUCUCAAGUUCUGAAGGCCUAAUAUUUACUCAAUGCUGCGACUCUCUUUGUAAUUUGUAUUGACUUAUAGCAGUCAUUGCAAAUGUUAUUGAUCAAAAGUUACUGUAGAGAAUUAUAAUUUGUAACUGGAAGUCCAUUUUCCAGAUAUUGCACUCUGCCAUUCAAUUACUUUAUUGACCCCAAGGUAAACUAUAUAUGUGCAGAGUGUAUAGGCAGCAAAACUCCCUUAUAUGAAACUGUGGCUACAUUCUCAAACAGGAAUAAUUUACCAUGCUUCGAUUUUCGGUA